AUGUCGCUAUCGCCUGCUCUGGCUAGUGCAUGUGUGGCCCUCCUCGCAGUGGCGGUCAUGUACGCCUGGGACAGCUCGGUCGUCAGCCCGCCGAUCACUCCCAUCUUGGCUCUCGCGAGCGGACCCGAGUUUGACCCAGAGAUCCAUGCACUUGUUUCGUCAUGUCGCCCGCUGGCUGCGCCGGAUGGCCGCUUCCUCACCGCAGGCUCGGCUAUGGUCAUGCUCGACGACGGCUCGCUGCUGGUGUUCUCCGACGACUCGGUCGCAGCGCUGCAUCUGCGACUGGCCGACGCAGCGGCUAUCCGCCGGAAAGACCGGACGCCACCGGGGCCCGGGGUGGCUACCGGUGACGCUCUGCUUGACGGUGUCGACAUCGAGUGGCUUGAUCUCCACGUCUUACCCGACCAGGAUGACAAGCACGAUCUCGAGGCUGCAGCCUCGCUGCCGAUGGGCCUGCUCAUGCCAGGCUUUGUCGGGCUCGACACCUCACUGCGCAGCGUCGACGUGGCGAGCUACAAGCCGCGGUCCCAUCCGGACCACGCCCGCCACAUGCAUGUCCUGGUCGUCGGCUCUGGCUCGCUCGUCGACGAGCGUGAGGUCGCGCUCCUCCUUCACAUCCACACCGAUGACGACAAUGAGACCCAUCUUGUGGCAGACAUGGAGUCGGCGGUGUACUCGAAGCUGUACGCCGCCACCCGCGCCGCCACAGCUGCCGCAGAGCUCAACAUCGAAGGCCUCGCCGUGGCACUCCCGGCCUCGCCCUUCCACUGCACCGUCUUUGCCAUUCAUCGCGCCAACGACGGUGGCAGCCAGCCAGCGUCUGGCACCCUCGUCGGCUUUCCGUGCGGCCAGCUGCUUGGCCACCUCGCGGAGCCGCACAAGCUCCCUGUUCCCGCCAUUACCACGCUGGCGGCGCUGGCGCUGCCGGAAAUCGACGGUGUGGCUCUAACCCCGACCGAUCUCGACACCGCGCCGCCGCGGUGUGACCCGCGCCACGUCAACGGUACUGCGCCGGUCCGCGGCACGCAGCACUGCGCCGCCCGCCUCGUCUUCCUUGCGGCUGCCGAAGACACGCCCUCGCCUCUUGCCGAUGGGCCAGUCAUCGGCUGUGCUGUGGGCGUCGUCGAGGUCGACGUCCGCACCGGCGCCGUUGCAUCCUCCCAUCCGCCGCGUGCUGCCCACAUCUACCGCCGCAGCCGCGACGGCUCCAUCGCCCGCGACGUCACAAAGUACGAGGGCAUCGUCCUCCUUCCGGGUGCCUCGUCGGCGCUUCUUGUCUCGGACCCGGACGCCACUGACCGCGCCGCCGAGCUCUGCCAUGUCCACCUCCCGCAGGCCCUCGAUCUGGCGUAAAUCCUCAAUGGCGCUC